AUGAGACGAGGAGUCAAAGAAUUAUCACACACACUCAUAAAGGCCCUCAACUUCUCCAUCGCUGUCCUCUUGCAACGUGCCAUCCGAUUCCUCUUCAUCUCCCUCACGCCGAUCCUCAUUGAUAUGCCCGAUAUGCAUCCCUACAACGGCGCAGUGCGCAAGCUUGUGCUAGCCAUAGAUGUUGGUACAACACACUCCGGAAUCGCCUACACGAUCUUGGAUCCUGGGGAAGUCCCCAAAAUCCACAGUGUGACUCGCUUCCCCGGCCAAGAGAACUCUCCGGGGGGUUUUAAGAUUCCGUCUAUAAUCUUGUACACGCCUGCCGGGUUGGUCGCCUACGCUGGCGCCGAGGCCGUAGCUCAGGGGAUGGAAAUGAAAAUUCAGCAGGAAUCACUCGUGUUCGUCGAAUGGUUCAAGCUCCACCUGCGCCCGCAACGCCUCGGCUUCCACGAGGUCAAGAGGAGUGCUCUUCCCCCGCUCCCUUCGGGCAAGACCGCCCAGGCAGUAUUCGCCGACUUUCUGGCGUACCUCUUCCGGUGUGCGAAGCGCUUCAUCUGCGAGUCGCACGCCAACGGCGACAACCUGUGGACCUCCCUCGAAGGCUCGAUCGAGUUCGUGCUCUCGCACCCGAACGGCUGGGAGGGCGCGCAGCAGGAAAAGAUGCGGCAGGCGGCGGUCAUAGCCGGACUGGUGCCGAGCACGGACGAAGGCCGCGCGCGCGUGCGUUUCGUCACCGAGGGCGAGGCGAGCCUCAACUUUUGCGUCCACAAUGGGCUCACGACGGAGUCGACGCGGAGUGGGCAGAGCGUUAUGAUCAUCGACGCCGGAGGAGGAACGAUUGACAUCAGCAGCUACGAGUUCGCAUCCAUGUCGCCCCUAUCGGUUGAAGAAGUGACUGCUCCAGACUGUAUCCUCCAAGGCUCGACUCGUGUGAACGCGCGCGCCACGACUUACCUCGAAGAACUGCUCAAGAAAUCAUCUUUCGGCAACAAGGAGGACAUCAAGUCGAUGGUCGAGCACUUCGACAGUGCGGCAAAGCGAGUAUUCAAGGACGAGAACGAGACUUCGUACAUCAAGUUCGGUUCCGCGAGAUGCAACGACCCGAAUGUCGGUAUCCGCAACGGUCAGCUGGCGCUCCCGGGUGACGUCAUGCGCGGGUUCUUCCGACCGUCGCUGGACGCAAUCAUCGGUAUUGUUACGAAGCAGCGUCGAGAGGCCACUAGGCCUCCGGACACGGUAUUCCUUGUAGGCGGGUUUGCGGCCAAUCCCUGGCUCUACUCCGAGCUCAAAUCCCGUCUAAAAACCAUCGGGCUCACCCUCUGCCGCCCGGAUUCGCAUACAGACAAGGCGGUUUCGAGUGGCGCCCUGUGCUUUUACCUCGAACAUUCCGUGUCCGCUCGCGUCGCGAAGACUACGUACGGUAUACAGAUUCAGUACACUUACAAUCCUAGCGAUGCGGAGCACCUCGCACGCAGCGCAAAGACAUACGAGGACGUGACAGGAAUCACGAGGCUCGGCGAUGGCUUCUCAUCGGUGUUGCAACGGCGAACGCGCGUGCGCGAAACCCAAGAGAUAUCGCAGUCGUACUUACAGUUAGCGCGAGAGUCACGCAAGCUGGACAGCAUCAAGUGUGACGUCCUGUGCUUUCACGGGCCUCUCGAAGAUCCGCGCUGGACGGACGUCGACCCCGACCAGUACACGACGCUUUGCACCAUCCACGCUGACACGUCGCGGAUCGCGCGCGUGGCGCAGCAAGGCAGGAACGGCGUCUACUACUCGCAGGAUUUCGACGUCGUUCUGCUUUGCGGGCUCACUGAGCUUCAGGCGCAAAUCCGCUGGCGAGAGAAUGUGAGCUGGAUCUCUUGA